AUGGCCGUAUCAUUGGUGUUCGAGGCACAACAUUUUGGGUUCUCACAAUUGACCAUGCAGCGAUGGUGCAGGAGUAGCUGGCGAUUGAAUGCGUCAUUUCGAAGAGGACUACCCAACGCGAAAUUGGGCUUGGUCGGACUACAGAAGAAGAUGGAUGCAUUCAGAACCUCUGGCAAGGUCCGGGCUCAUAAUCAGUCGGAGCUCGAUCUUGACGUUGGUGCCAAAUCGCCAAAAUACAGGCUGUUCUGGGGAAGAUCCCAAGAGCCUUCAGUCUCUUUGAAGAAGGUUGCCUCAUAUUCCGAGAAGCAUCAUCUCAAGGUUGCUCGAAUUUUUACUGACCCUGUCAAGAUGGCCGAGAAAAAAGGUCCUGGCAUUUGGGCUAUGGACAUGAGCACCUUCCAGGAAAACUAUCUCAAGCUCUUCGAGAGUGGAAAGCUGGACGACGUGAAGGUCAAAUGUGCCGAUUACACAUGGAAGCUACACAAAGCCAUUCUUUGCGCCAGAAGCAAGUGGUUCAAGUCGGCCCUGGCGGGUUCAUACAGAGGGACAGGGACCGGAGAGGUCAUAGAGGAAGACUUCGAGAAGCUUGACCUUGAACCCUUCCUCAAAUUCCUCUAUACCGGGUCAUUUGACAUUCAGAAGUCAUACCCUGGCGUUGAUGCCUUUGUUGCACUCAUGAGGGUCUGGAAAACGGCUGACUACUUUUGCCACGACGAGCUGUGCGAUUUGGCUGUCUGCGCGGCCAAAGAUCAUGCUCAAGAGCUCGCUCGUACGUUCUGCAGUGCUUUCCCAGCAAUUGGCCACGGCGACAAGGUAGAAAGUCUCCUCGAAAGUUCGUUCAAUCCUGCGGUCAGAACACUUUACGAUGAGGCAAAUGAAAGCCUCAAAUCGAGUUUCUUGCCGAUCCUACUGGAACUUGCCCUCGCAAGCACCCACAGGCUCUCCCAGAGCAAUGCAUUCCAGAGCUUGCUCCAUGACACUCCCGGGUUUGCCGUGGAUUGGACUACUUCAUUGAUGAAGAGUUUCAGUACUUGGAGUGCUGUGAGCCGCAAGAGAGCUGGUGGUCAAUGCAAUGAGUGCGGUAGGGAGCUGGGCGGCGGAGGAACCGUGGACACUUUGAAAUGGGUUCGGCACGUGCGUCUGAUGGUCUUGUGUGAUCGAUGUUAUCAGAUGCCGAGUUUGGCGGAGUGGGAAAACAGAAAGGAGAUUGAGGAGAAUGGGAGGUGCAAAAAGCGCAAACUCGAUUUGUGUGCCGGAGACAGCUGCCAGGCCGGCGACGGAGACGCGGCAUGGGCUGAACGGGCGCUGUUCUUGACACGGCAAUUUUAUUUUGAAGGUUUGUUUGGGUUGUCAAACAGCGGGACUGCCAUGUGUCGUGGCCAAUUCAUGCAGCGGUGGAAGGGGGCAGCAUUCCUGAGGUUUCACGAAAUGACAGCAUAA